AUGACUGAUGACUCGUCACUCCUGCGGCUUCCAGUCGUAACUAAGAAUCGUAUUUUGUAUUUUUGCGAUUAUUUGGAAAUCGCACGUCUUCGAAAUGUUUGUCACUCACUACGCAACCACAUCGAUUUGUUCAAACCUGACGCCCAUGUGAAAGACGUGAGCGUGGGAAAUAUGGAGAACACUGUCAUUAUUUUUGAAUCGGACAACAAUUCUAAAAUAUGGAUUGGGUACAAAGAAGCAGAUGACGGAUGUACUGUAUCAUGCAAAACCCACAUGGGUAGUCCCCCAGUGACCACAAUUUCUGGAUUGGAUCCCAUGGAUGUUCUCAUGCAAGACUUCAAGAUUUACUUGAGACAUCUGAAGACUCCACUGACAAAACUCAAAUUGGAUGAAGUUUGUUGUAACCCACUUCUUCAAAUGAUGAGAUCUCAGACCUUCAAAUUGAAAACCAACAAACUUCAUCUCAGCGAGUUAUCCUCUUCUCAAAUCCUCGCAAUCCUACCGUUUUUCGAUGCCAAAUGCCUGAAAAACUUGAUAAUCGAAACCGGAGAAGCAUUGGGUGUUUUCCAGGAGCUUUUCGAAACAGAGUACUGGAGGAAUGCGGACCAAAUCCGUCUAUACUAUUUUAGAAUCGCGAAUGUCCGCCAAAUCUCCCACUUGAAGAAAUUCAUUGGUCACAUUUCGAGAGCGACUGCAACUGAUGUAGAGUUUUUGAAAAAUACCUUCAUUAGAUCGCCACUCUUCAAACGGUGCACCAUGGAAGUUGACGUUGACAUCGACGUAUUGUCCAUCAAGGAAGCUUUCGGAGCGCCGUCUUUCGAUACUAUGGAAGGACAUUCAAAUCGUUGGCACUUUCAUAUUCCUAAUGACACUACCAGCGUUCUUCUGGUGGAGGUGUUCUGCAAAAAAAUUCUUCAAAUCAAUCGUAUCAAUCGUAGCGUUGUUAUUCCAGGUGCAUGGAUUAUCCAUUAA